GGCACACAAACAUGUGACCACACCUUCUAAAAUGCGCCCCCUGAGAGCGAAUCCGUCUGGUAGGGCUGCAAACUACAGCAUCCCUGCAGUCUCUGCGCGAACUCUCCCUCCGAAACACACAAUAUCUCGGCGCCCGGAACAGGAAACUUGUAAAUGUUCGCGUAAAUCGGCAAACAAAAACACGAAAAUCACAUGCAUAUAAAUUACCUAAAUAAAUAUCUGCCUAUACCUAAAGUGUACAAUUAAAUUGAAGUUACCUGUGAUUACCUACAUAAACAACACUUACUUUAAAAGGCAAAGUGAUAAGAAAAUGUUAUCCUUCUAAUUCUACUAAUAUAUAAUUUUAAAAGCAAAUCGAAACUAACUAUAAUAAAACUAUAAUAGCAAUAAAAUGGUUCGUUCCUAUACAUAUAGGGGAUGCAUAUAGUGUUACUCAAGGAGGAUAACUUAUUUUUAUGUGAAAAACAGUUUUCAGGACUUAUCAUAUAUUAUUAGUUUCUUAAGUCUUACAGAAUCAAUGCGUUGUGUAAGAUACACACACACACACACACACAUGACUGAGCACAAUAAGAUUAAGUGAUAUAUUAAAUCUUUCAAGCAAUAACCAGUUUAAUGUUUAAUACAAGUAAAUUUUUUUCAACAAUUAAUAGUGAUUAAAUAUCAGAAACAUUCAUUUUUUUUGUUUUUCGUAAAAAAAAAAUAAAGGACGAUAUUCUGCACGAUUGUUUCGGAGAGUUUCCUCUUCUACUAUUAAUUCAAAAGCUUUUGACCCUUACCGAGUUACCGACUGAAACCCCUAGGCGCUUGCAUACAAUAAAGCAAAUCAAUCAAAACUUCACGUAACAAUUUUCAAAGUUGGAUUGAUUUUUUCAGUACCUAACUAAAAAGACGGCAGCUGUGUUGAAAAUGACUUUUAUCAAAUUUAUAUUAACUAGAAUGUACCUACUCGGAUUUUAGAGUGGUUACAGAAGGGACAUUUCUUAAAAGUCAAUUAUUAAUAGAAAACGUGUACCUAUGCGUGUUCAAAAAAUACAUACAUGAAAAUAGAAAUGUGUGCCAAAGACGAUACUGGAUUUGAAAGCAAAUUUUAUGGAACACGAGGAGUGUCUUAAGUUUUAGAAAUUUUCAAAACACCUCUGCACAAGAUAAAAAUGGCCGCUGGAUCGGCUGUCGCAAUGAUAGGGGUAGGUGCUAACCUGCGUUUCGGUAGCAGCGCGAGCAACGCCAGUGCCAACGCUACCAAAGUAUUCCAAUGUCAUCCCGGAGGCACGACAGAAGCAUUGCUUAUAUUCGCCCUGGCCGCAAUGGGGAUGGCCGCAAACAUUGCUCUCAUGGGUGUCAUUCUAGGAAACCGGCAACUGAGAAGAUGGACCCAUGGUCUUCUGUUCCAUCAGGCAGCCGUCGAUUGUGCCAGAGCUGCUCUCUUGAUGCCGCUCGGUGUAUCGAUAUUCAAAUGUCAACCGGUACAAAAAUGCUCGUUGGUCGAAACAGCCUUCCUUUUACUCGUCACGGUUGCCACCGUCAAUAUGCUUACUACUGUUUUAAAUGACUCGCCAAUUUUUCCGGACGACGAAGACGAGUCUUCGUCAGCCGACACCGCUGCACCCUUGCUCAUGGACUCUCCGCAAUGUGUUCUUUUUGGAACCUUCAUGAUCUGGUUCGCCUCCAUCACUAUCAAUUUAGGACCCACCUUCUUAUCUGGUAUGUCAAUUUCCAAUCCUAAUAUAACAGGCAUUAUAUGUACUUGCACACCCAGUAUGUACAAACUCCUGCCAAUAUGUCUAACAAUAUCGACACAUCCUCACGGCUGAAUAAAAUAAAUACUUGUCUCGAGGGACUGAGAAGGAGUUCAACCUUUACCUCGGUCCCUUGUGAAAAAGACAAGUCAUCCCUAAUA